AUGGACUGGAUUGAGCAAAAAUUUCCAUCUCAAAGUCACACCAGUCAAUCAAGCAACACAAAGCCUCGAAUUUCUUCUGUCGGCGAGAUCUUACAAUCACAGGGUGUCACCCGCAUGGAGGUAGUCUACCGCGAAGCCAAGCAGAACCGCAUCUCACUCUACCUCGUCGGGCUUUCCGUCCUGGUCUGCGCCUGGGUCUACUCUUUGGACAGCUCGACAACCUCUUACUACAGCAUCGACGCCUCAUCCUACUACAAACAGCACUCGUCUGUACUCUCUACCCUCUCGAUCGCCACGAGCAUUAUCUCGGCCGUCUCGAAGCCCUUCAUCGCCAAGAUCUCCGACAUCACAUCUCGCCCGUACACGUACAUCGUCACAUUACUCUUCUACGUUAUCGGCUAUGUAAUCGCUGCCUCAAGUACAUCGAUCUCAGCCUACGUCGUCGGCGAAGUCUUCAUCUCCAUCGGGUCUUCGGGCCUCGACCUCACCAACGACAUCAUCGUCGCUGACCUGACCCCCUUGGAAUGGCGCGGCUUCGUCAGCUCACUACUCUCAGCCCCCUUCAUCAUCAACACCUGUGGCGAUGGGGGCUAUGGCAUGUUUGCCAUCAUCAUCCCCGCUGCUCUCGGUCCUGCGAUUGCUACGUUGCUGUACCUCGACAGAAAAGCGAACAAGGACGGUAUCGUCAACCUGGCCUCUUCAAACGCGGCGCGUCACCUCAAGCGUAACCUCAAGCGUAACCUGAUCGAAAUCGAUGCGCUUGGUCUGACACUCUUGGGCUUCGGCUGGAGCUUGCUUCUUUUGCCAUUCAGCCUCAAGACCUAUGCCGAACAUGGCUGGAGGAACCAGUCACUCAUUGCUAUGAUGGUAGUGGGUGGCAUCUUGCUCAUCGCGUAUGUGGUUUACGAGAUCAAGUGGGCCAAGGUACCGAGCGCCCCUCGUAGAUUGGUCAUAAAUAAGACGUUCCUGAUGGCCAUUGUUAUCGACUCUUUCUACAUGUUGGCCGGCAACAUGCGUGGCUUAUACUGGUCAUCUUACGUCUACAUCGCGAAGCCUUGGUCCUCGCAAGACUGGGUGUACUACAACACGCUGACACUUGCGCUCUGCAUCUUUGGCAUGGUCGCAGGUCUGCUUCAGCGAUGGACUCACCGUUACAAGAUGCUGCAGAUUUUCGGCCUUUGCAUCAAGAUCAUCGGCAUAGGCAUCAUGAUCGAUGGUCCCCGAGCCACCAACUCCACCGCCCCAAUGGUCAUCUCACUGAUCAUGGUCGGUGCCGGCGGUGCUUUCUCUGUUGUCGGCUCUCGCGUGGCAUCUCAGGCUUCCGUGCCGCACCAAGACGUCGCCUUGGCCAUUGCUUUGCUUUCCUUGUGGUCCAAGAUUGGCAGCUCCAUUGGCAGUGCCAUCGUCGCUGUCAUCUGGGCCGACAAGAUACCUAAACUCUUGCGCGAGUACCUCCCCGCAACCGCGACUGACAAGGAUGUCAAGACUCUCUUCGGUAGUGUCCGUACCAUUCGCACCAAGUACGCAUUCGAUGACCCGAUGAGACAGGGUGCUAUCGAGGCGUACCGACGGACAUUGUAUUACUGCCUGGUGCCAGCUUUAGCCCUCGCAUUCGUUCCCCUCAUUGCUGCGCUCUUCCAGACCAACUUCUACCUGGGCAAGCAGCAGAAUGCUGUCACCAAUGUUGGAAACGAUGGUCAAGCUUUAAAAGAGGAAGAUCGCAACCCAGAGGCUUUACCGCCACCAAAGAACAAGGAGGCGUUCCUAAGGUUCUGGGCCGGACACAAAUGAUAAUUAAUUAUGUUUCUCAAGGGAGGUUGAUAUCCGAUAUUAGUGUGCUCGGAUGGAAACCACCUGAGAUUAGAUUAUACCA